AUGGAGGUGGCAGAGCGGCACACGGGUGAACAGAGACGGGAGGACUUGAGAUUGUCAGCGGGCGCCAGGGUUGCCAGGUUGGGCGUGUGUUGGCUGACCCUGCUCUCCAUCGCUGUGACUCUGCUGCCCCCGGUGGCGGGAGACUGCUGGCUCAUUGAGGGCGAGAAGGGCUAUGUGUGGCUGGCCAUCUGCAGCCAGAACCAGCCGCCGUUUGAGGCCAUCCCUGUGCACAUCAACAGCACGAUCAUCGACCUGCGUCUGAACGAGAAUAAGAUCCGCUCGGUGCACUACUCGUCUCUGAGCCGCUUCGGGAACCUGACCUACCUGAACCUGACCAAGAACGACAUCAGCUAUGUGGAGGACGGGGCCUUCUCCGCACUCUUCAACCUGCAGGUUUUGCAGAUGGGCUUCAACAGGCUGAGGAACCUGACAGAGGGAGUGCUGCGUGGACUGGGGAAGCUGCAGUACCUCUACCUCCAGGCCAACCUCAUCGAGACCGUCUCCCCAAACACGUUCUGGGAGUGUCCCAACAUUGAGAACAUAGACCUCUCCAUGAACAGGAUCCAGGUUUUGGACGGCAGCCUGUUCUCCAGCUUGACCAAACUCACCACGUGUGAGCUUUACACCAACCCGUUCAACUGUUCGUGCGAGCUGCUGAACUUCCUGCGCUGGCUCUCCCUGUUCCCCAACCGCACCAGCGAACGUAUGGUGUGUGAUGCCCCCAGAGGCUUCUUUGGGUACAACCUGCUCAACCAGAACCCGCAGCUCCCCAACCAGGGUAAUGCGCUCUACAUGCUGAGUACGGUGUGCUCGGAAGACGGCAGCAGCGUCACGCCUGGGCUGGGGGACUUCACCACUCCUCCCCCAGACUUUGUAUCUCCCUGCGGGCUGGAGGAUUGCUCGUCAGGAACCCCUCCUGACGAGAUCAUUGAUAUCCCCGACCCCAAGCCCAUCAUGAAGCUCAAACAGGUGCUGGACUCUAGCGCUCUCAUCACAGUGCAGAUCCCCUAUCCCUACAAGAAAAUGUACAUACUGGUUCUGUACAACAAUAGCUUCUUCACUGACAUCCAGAACCUUGCCAGUCAAAGAGAGGACAUUGAGCUCAAGAACCUAACCCCCAACACUAACUACACUUACUGUGUGGCGUCCAUCCGUAACUCUCUGCGCUUCAACCACACCUGCCUGACCAUCUCCACAGGCCGCGGAGACAGGAACAAGCGUGUCGCCAACCAGUCAUCUGCCACACACUACAUCAUGACCAUCCUGGGCUGCCUGUUCGGGAUGCUGCUCUUCCUGGGCUGUGUCAUGCACUGUCUUAGGAGGAGGAGGAUCUUGGAGGAGAAGGAGAGGAAGAUGAAUCGCAUCCAGAGGACUCUGAUUGAGCUCAAGUAUGGAGGGGAAGGGGGUAUAGAGGCAGGUAGUGGGGGCUCACAAAAGCUUACAUCUGGAGACAGUCUAUCCAGGCUGCCCUACAUUCCCCCAGGUGAGAUAGAUCCUUACAAGCUCCAAGAAGUGAUCGAAACCCCGGCACACAAGCCUGCCAAAAUGAACUACAUGGAGGUGAGGGGGUCUGUGGAGCGAGACAGAGACAGGGAGAGAGAGAGGGAGAGAGAGAGGGAGAGGGAAAGAGAGAGAGACAUGUCUCCUCCAGCCAACCCCCAGGGCUCUGUGGCAGAGAUCUCCACCAUCGCUAAGGAGGUAGACAAAGUCAAUCAGAUAAUCAAUAACUGCAUUGACGCUCUGAAGUCUGAGUCCACAUCAUUCCAGCAGGGGAUGAAGUCCCCAUCCUCAGUUGGAGGGGGCGCUGUGUCUACAGCAGAGCCUCAGCUGGUGCUGCUGGAGCAGGAAGGGGAGCGUGGGGGCAGAGAAUUCCUCUCUCCUGUGUACAAAGGAGGUAGAACGCGUGACGAUCGGCGCGGCUUCCACCACUCUCUGCAGCGCCACCACAGUAUGGAAGCUCCACCCACCUCCAAACGGCCUAGUACUUCCUCAUCCCCUGGAUCUGCUCGCAGCCCGCGCUCCUUCCGCUCCGAGGGUGGGUACCACCCCUCUGAGAGCCGCUACAUCGAGAGGAGCUCCCCUGGAGAGAGGGAGCGAGGGGAGCCCAUCCGCACAGCCCCUCCUGCAGCUGCCAUCUUGCGAGCAGAGGCUCAGAGGAUACGGCAGUACAACGAGCACCGACACUCCUACCCUGGCUCUCAGCAGCAUCUCCAGGAGCUCCAGCAGCACCCUCAUAUGCUGCAGGAGCUACACCAGCACCCCUCUGUCCUGGACCCCAUGACCUUGGGCCGGCAGGCCAAGCAGCGCGAGCUGGCCUACCACUAUCCCAUGUCCCCUGAGUAUCACAACCUGAGCUACUGUUCUAGCCCUGAGGAAGAUGAAGAGGACGAGGGGCUGCUGUGCACCCCCACCCUGGGCCUGUGGGAGCGCUUCAAGCUGCACCGCAAGAGGCACCGGCAGGCCUCUUUGGAGGACGAGGGCUAUGUGGCCGCGGGACACGCCCUGAGGCAGAAGGUACAGUUUGCCAAGGACGAAGACCUGCAUGACAUCCUGGACUAUUGGAAAGGAGUGUCCGCUCAGCAAAAGGCCUGA